AUGAAGCUUGAUCCCGCAUCCAAGACGUUGUCGCCAUUGCCUGAUGUUCUCUCUCACGGCUUGGUCGCGGUGUCGACCUUCGGUCUCCUGUCCUUCUUCUGCUCUACCUCUCUCUUCUUCUUCCUGACCUGGCGUCUGAUUACUUGGCGAUUGAAGAGCGGCCCGAACAAUACUCCAAAUCAAUUCCUCCUUCUCAUCUACAACCUCCUCCUCGCCGACAUCCAACAAGCGUUAGCUUUCCUCCUCAACAUCAGCGCUUUGCACAACAAUGGCAUCUUUGUGGGGACACCGACCUGCUUUGCUCAAGGAUGGUUCGUCUCGACGGGAGAUUUGGCAAGCGGCGUUUUCAUCUGCGCAAUUGCCUGCCAUACGUGGAUGGGUGUGGUAAAGGAAUAUCGAUUGCCAACACCAGCCUUCUACUGUUGCAUCGGAACAUUGUGGUUUUUCGUAUAUGCUAUGGCAGCAAUUGGGCCCAUAGUCCACGGCCGUGACUUCUACGUCCGAGCAAGCGCCUGGUGCUGGAUCAACGACGCCUUCCAAAUCGAGCGUCUUUGGCUGCACUACUUCUGGAUCUUCUGCUCCAUGUUCAGCACCGUCCUUAUAUACCUCUACAUCUUCGCAUUCCUGCGCAAGAAAGCCUUCUCCUCAAACGACAGGACCAAGUCCCCACACGUGCACGGCGCUACGCCCCUCAUGGUUCUCUACCCGCUCAUCUACACAGUCUGCACCGCUCCCUUAGCAGCAGGCCGUAUCUACGCGCUCGCAGGGCACGACGUCUCACUCGGUUAUUUCUGCGCCGCUGGCACGAUGAUCGCAUGUAACGGGUGGCUGGACGUGUUAUUGUACGCCAGCACAAGAGCAGAUAUCGUGUUCAGCGAGCUCCCGCCAGGAGAUGAUACUGGUCUUGAGACUUUUGCGUUUAUGGGGAGGGGCCAUAGACUCGGCACAACGACUACGAUCGUAGCAGCAGGCUCCUCACAAAACCGCUCAGUGUCAAGAGCAGCAUCGAGAUCAGCGUCACGGGCGGCACCAAGGGGAGCAAGCAAACUAGGGAAGAGAAGCGGCAGAGGAGGCAACAGUGGCGAUAGUGCUGAGAACCUCUACAGCUUAGGAGAGAUCGCCAUCAAGGGCGAGGUGACCGUCAGCGUGGAUGCUCAAGAACCCAAUCUUGUGAGACAUGAUAGAAUUAGUAUGGACGAGAGCGCGAAUCAGAGUCGGACUUUCGACGAGCGGAGUCAUAAGAGUAGAGGCUCGAGGAGUUUGAGGAGUGGGAAGAGUUUUGAUGAUACGGGAAUUCCUUGA